AAUCCGUUUAUUUUUUCUUUAUUCUCUACACGUGUGUAUACAUUAAACCUAAAUGGCCACAGAAGUUGUUUUGUCAGCAUCCAGCACAGACAGUACUAUUCAUGUCUGGGACAUUCGCUCUGGAUCAAGUUUGUUCUCUUUCAAGCAAAGCAUGUCACCUGUAGGUGGUCUUACACUUGUACCAAAGCCCGGUGCUGCUUUUCAAGUGGGCGCUGUUGUCACAGCUCAAACAGACCGAGCCAUCCUAAAUGUAUAUCAGUUCCAUCGCGACCAAGUACUUUACAAAAUGACAACAGCAGAAAAGAUGGUCACUGUCACAUCGUCUCAUCAAGGCCAAUAUUUAGCAGCUGCCACGACAGGCGGAAAAGUAUAUGUAUGGCAAAUAUCCACAGGUCAUUUAUUGCGCGUUUUCGAAGCUCAUUAUCGUCGAAUUACACGUCUUGUAUUCAGCCAUGAUGAUACAACCCUGCUUACAGCCAGUGAGGAUGCAGCAGUCAAUGUAUGGCUCUUGAGUCAAUUGAUUGAACCUACAGAAGACAUCUCUAUGCGCCCUUCUCCUCUUUAUUCUUGGUCAGAUCAUACAUUGCCUGUGACUGAUAUCUAUGUAGGAUAUGGCCAAAUGUCAGGUGCUCGUGUAUGCACAGCCAGCUUAGAUCAUACUGUCAAGCUAUGGGAUCUUGCUACAGGCCAGCUUUUGACUACCUUCUUGUUUCCUAAAGCUGUUUCGAAUGUGAUGAUGGAUCCUUCUGAAACUGUCAUGUUUGCUGCUUGUGAAGAUAAAAUCUAUUCUUUUGAUCUCUACAAGCGUCGUCAAGACCAAACAUAUAACAACACAACCUCUUUAGAAAGUCUAGGUGGUAUGGCUCGAGUAGAAUCAGUUGGUAUUCGGUCCUUGAACCAACAACAAGAACAAAAAGAUGAGUCGUCCAAUCCUGGAUCUGUCUUUACUGGACACACAGGCAACAUUACUUCGCUUACAUUAUCAUUUGAUGGUACACUUUUGAUAUCUGGUGCAGAGGAUGGUAACUGUAUUGUUUGGGAUGUUGUAAGUAGACAACCUUUGCGUAAAUUUGAAUUGCAUAAAGGACAUGUCAGUCAUGUUGCUUGCUUUUUAAGACCUGUUGAAUUACACCCUAAUGCACAACAACAACAACAACAAUGGGCACCUAUGCCAUGGAAACCACUGAAGCGUGCUAUAGCUACAUCAGAAGAAGAACAUCGUGAUGCAUCUCAACAAAUUAUUCAACAUACCAUGAUGGACUUGGCUGCUCAACAACAAUUGGUCGAGGCAGGACCUCUUUAUUCGAGUCUAUCAAGCGAAUUAAAGUCUAUUCAAAAGGCUGCUGAUAACAUUCGUGAUAUGAAGACGGAUAAUUCAAGUGCUGGUCUACAGAACCAAGUAAAUGCACUUCAAGCUGAAUUAGUGCGCUUGAGUGAGCACCAUAAGAAAUCAAAGUCCUUACAUAAUGAAAUGUAUAAUUUACUUGUUGAUAAAUUCAUGGAAAGCAGAAGAAAUAAGAGAAGAUUAGAAGAUGAUGAUGAUGAAGAAGAGGAAGAAGAAGAAGAAUAAGCCCCACUUUUUUUAGAAUACUUUAUUUCAAACAAAUGUAAAUAUAUAUC